AUGAGUAGUUUGGAGACUGUGCAGCACCAAUGGUUUGGUGGGGAGUUCACCGCCGACCCCUCAGAUACUUACUUCCGUUUUACCUACCCCAAUCGAGUACGAAGUUGGAGUGCCUACAUCCUCUUUUAUGAGCGCCAGGAUUACCAACAACAUCAACGUGUGCAAUCUCUUUGUCAGUCACUAGAUUCAAACUUCCCUUCCGGCAGGUCACAGGAGCUCAUGUGUCCCAGCCGUGUUGUCCAAACGAUAUACACUCAAAAUAUUGAGCACUUACACGUGAAUAUGCAAUUCAGCAAAUUGUUUGAGGACUUCAUGCUCAAUCUGUGUCUUUCAACUGAUUUAGAAAAGACGCCCUUGGACUCAAUAGACGUAGCCGACGCCCUUGUUCGUCUGCUGGCCAACUACUGUUUCGGUAUACGUUUCCACACAAAGACCCAUAAAUGGGAACAGUGGUUGAAACCGUUUAUACGUCUACUGCGCGUUGAUGCCUCCGUGCGGACAAACUUUGUCAAGUACACGUUCUUCUCCUCCCGAACACACAUUCACGAAUUCCUUUUCCAAUGUCCCUAUCCAGGGGUAUGUGCAUUUCUUUGUGGCAAAUUUGAUUGUUUGAACCCAUGUGUAGUCAAUUUAACCAGCAGCCCAAUGCCUUAG